AUGGGCUCUAUUCAACAGCAUAUUGUACGUAGCUACAACAAGGUUUGUGGUAGCAGCAAAGAUAAGAUGGCAAGAGAGUUCAUAGUUCAUGACGGUACUGGGAACUCAGAAGCAGGUUUCCUGGUUGAUUCCUCCGGGGCUUUCAUGUUGUUAUACAUGAUUGUUGUUUCUUUGUCAAUUAUUUCCAUCGUCAUAUUCGCUUGUGGUGAUAGCAAUUCAGGCAAAGGUCAUCGUCCGCGGCAUAGGGGUGGCUUUGCUGGACGUGGCGGUGCUUGUGGUGGUGGUGCUUGUGCUGAAGGAGGUGGUGGUGGUUGUGGUGGAGGAGGAGGAGGAGGAGGAGGAGGAGGAGGUGGAGGCGGGUGUUAA